AUGUCCAGACCGUCCUCGUUUGUAUCGCCCUCCGACCCCUCGUCCCAACCGGGUUGGGACACAAACCCACCGACAUAUGCUGCCUUCUCUCCGACAUCCACGUCCGGCUACUCUGCCACGUCGAAGCAACGCUCCACGAUAAUAGUCCAUAAGAAGUCGCCAUUACUGGUAGCGACCCCGCCUCAGAUCACCCGAGCGUUAGCACACUCGCAUCCCUUCUUACUGCCCUUGAAUAAACUGGCCGGCCUGUUGUCAUGGAGUACGCCGGAUCCAUGGGAAUCAUACCUGAUGGUCGCUGUGUUCUGGGGCUUGACGUUAUACGGUAGCGAAAUCAUUCGCUUCGCCAGUCCCGUCAUAGUUGUGGCAGGUCUCAUCCUCGGCAUGUACUCAAGACGGUACUCGCCCCUCUCUUCGACAACCAAGACGGGAGAGAAGCAUGCUGCGAAAGGUCACAAGAGGGAUGCCUCAGAGUCCCAGUCUCACCACAAGACCCUGGACGAUAUAGUAGAUACGUUGCAGGAAUUGACCACUCGGUGUAAUAUCCUGUUGGAUCCGUUCCUCAACCUCACCGACUUUCUCUCAACUCAAACGACACCCACUGCCGCAACCACUCGACCUGCGUUGACCACACUCUUCAUUCGUGUACUUCUAGUUACGCCUUUUUGGAUAAUAUUGACUCUUCCACCUUUCUAUAUCUUGACUCCUCGAAGAGUCAUUCUGGCUGUUGGCACGAUAGCAUUGACAUGGCAUUCCAAGCCGGCUCGGGUGUCUCGGGUUAUCCUCUGGCGCUCUGUUUUUAUGCGGAAAGCUGCUGUGUUUGUGACCGGACUGGAGUUUGAUACUUCGCCUAGUGCCAAGACCGACUCUUCGAACCGUCUGACUAACGAACCCGGGUCCAAGCCCCAGGGCGCUCUCGCCACGGAGGCUGCCAAGAAGAAGAGGCCGGAUACUUCGGGUGUCCGUUUCACGUUCAUACUCUAUGAAAACCAGCGAAGAUGGCUAGGUCUUGGGUGGACUACCUCUUUGUUUGCCUAUGAGCGUGGCCCCUGGACCGACGAACACCUCAACCCAGCGCCAUCCAAAGAAGAAUUCGAACUUCCGGUAGUGGAGGGUGGACUGUCACGAUGGAGGUGGAUCGACACGGAUUGGAGGAUAGAACACGGAGUCAUUAAAGCGCACAAGCGGGUGGCAAGUGACGCGAAAACAACUGCCAGCAAAGACAAAGCUGAUGAUGGUGGCGGCUGGAUUUAUUACGACAACAAAUGGGAUGACGGGAGUAGGGAAGAUGGCUGGGGCAAGUAUACCAGGAGGCGGAAGUGGUACAGAGAUGCCGAACUUGUCGAAGCUGCGCCAAGUGUGGAGGACACUCCCAGCGGUUCCCCUGCACGACCUUCUUCCGACACUGAAGAGGGAAGGGUGAAGAAAGCAAAGGAUUUUGCCAAAAAUUUGGCAGACUCACAAGCCACCAUCAUAGCCGGCGCACCGCCUGGCGAACGGUCGUCUGAAACUGAUCCAAAAGCCGAGGAUGCCAGUAGCACCACAAAGUCUGCGGUGUCGAAGAAAUCUGGCGGUUGGUUCUCCCGAAGAGACCGGAGUGACAGUAAAAGCUCCAGCGGAAGGAACACCGGCCAUUUUAGCACGAGAUCUGAUCACAGUCGGGAUGGACCAGAGGACGACCUUCAUGACAAGUGGCGAGAUGCUCAAGGGCACCGGUUCAAUGUGCAGGAGGAUGUUGCUAUGAGCCUUGGCUAG